AUGAUCUCCAAGGCUGAAUCCAACCUAACAUUCAUCAAACGCAUUAUUACAAAGGCGAGACGUGAGUUUAUAAGCACGUCACGCCAUGCUAACAUCAUGCAGUUAAUUCUAUCUCUUUCAUUUGCAGAAAGCUGCCAAGGACCACACGAAAAACGUCUACUUAACCACCUUCUAUCCACCUACAAUACACUCGAACGACCCGUAGCGAACGAAUCGGAACCACUGGAAGUCAAAUUCGGCUUAACAUUGCAACAAAUUAUUGAUGUGGACGAGAAGAAUCAACUUCUUAUAACCAAUCUUUGGCUUUCGUUGGAGUGGAAUGACUACAACUUACGAUGGAAUGAAUCGGAAUAUGGAAACGUGAAAGAUCUGCGGAUAACACCGAAUAAGCUCUGGAAACCGGAUGUGUUGAUGUACAACAGCGCGGAUGAGGGAUUCGAUGGCACGUAUCACACCAACAUUGUGGUCAAACAUAACGGCAGUUGUCUGUACGUGCCCCCUGGUAUCUUCAAGAGCACAUGCAAGAUAGACAUCACGUGGUUCCCAUUUGAUGACCAACACUGCGAAAUGAAAUUCGGUAGUUGGACUUACGAUGGAAAUCAGUUGGAUUUGGUUUUGAAUUCCGAAGAUGGAGGGGAUCUUUCCGAUUUCAUAACAAAUGGCGAGUGGUAUCUGCUUGCCAUGCCGGGCAAGAAGAAUACCAUCGUCUACGCCUGCUGCCCGGAACCCUACGUGGACGUCACAUUCACGAUACAGAUCCGACGGCGUACAUUAUAUUAUUUUUUCAAUUUAAUUGUGCCGUGUGUGCUGAUAUCAUCGAUGGCUUUAUUAGGAUUUACACUACCUCCCGAUUCGGGCGAAAAAUUAACAUUAGGCGUAACUAUACUUCUAUCCUUAACAGUAUUUCUAAAUCUUGUUGCUGAAUCCAUGCCGACAACGUCGGACGCUGUUCCUCUUAUAGGCACCUAUUUCAAUUGCAUCAUGUUUAUGGUGGCAUCAUCGGUGGUGCUGACGGUUGUUGUACUCAACUAUCAUCACCGCACGGCGGAUAUACACGAAAUGCCGCCAUGGAUUAAAUCCGUUUUCCUGCAAUGGCUGCCAUGGAUUUUACGUAUGGGUCGCCCCGGCCGUAAGAUCACACGAAAAACAAUAUUACUAAGCAAUCGCAUGAAGGAAUUGGAAUUAAAGGAACGUUCUUCCAAAUCACUACUAGCCAAUGUGCUGGAUAUCGAUGAUGAUUUCCGGCAUACGAUCUCCGGCUCGCAAACGGCGAUCGGUUCAUCAGCAAGCUUCGGUCGCCCCACAACGGUGGAGGAGCAUCACAAUACAAUAGGUUGCAAUCAUAAAGAUUUGCAUUUGAUUCUUAAAGAAUUGCAAUUCAUAACGUCGCGCAUGCGUAAGGAAGAUGAUGAGGCGGAAUUGAUAAGCGAUUGGAAAUUCGCGGCAAUGGUUGUGGAUAGAUUUUGUUUAAUUGUUUUUACGCUCUUUACAAUUAUCGCAACGGUGACCGUUUUGCUGUCGGCUCCGCACAUCAUCGUGCAAUAAGCCUAAAUGAAUUUGAGAAUUAAGCAUAAGCCUAGGAUAGACAUAUUACAACUACAUACUUUAAAAAAAAUAUUUUUCCAGAGGAAAAACACUUCCUUACAAAUAAAAAGAAAUGUCAAGGAGUGCAAAGUCUAUCAGAAUUAACUCUUAGUUUUAGUUUAGUAAAGUGAAACUACUUAAUAAUUAUUGAAUUAGACGCAUGACAAUUGAAAAGUUCUGAAAAAUCAAUACACAAAAAAAUUGUUAAUUAAAUUUUUAAGAAAACUGAUAACUAGUUACAAAUUACAAAAAAAGCAAAACAAGACAAAACAAAAUAUAUGUACAUAUAUACAAGCUUAGUAUGUAAAGAAACUGGCAACAAAAUGGUUACUUAAUGCAAACAAAUUCAAAUACUUUUAUGAAAUGAAAAAAAGGAAAUUUCAAAACAAACUGCCGUACACAAAUAUGUUGAAUAUUUCGAAAAAAACAAUACACCUUAAGCUAUUCUAGAAAAAAAUUUAUUGUACAUUAGUAAAUAUAGUAAAUAGGAAAAAAUUCUAUAUAGAAUUCAGAUUAAUUUACAAAAUAUAAAAAAAAAUUAUUAAUUUAAAAAGAAAUUUCAAAAAACAAAAACAAGCGUUCGUUAUAGUGAAACAAAUUGUGGAGAAAAUGUUUUCUUAUAUUAUAAACUAAAAUAUGAAUGUUAAAAACCAUGCAAGUUACGCUAAAUAAAUAUGAAAAGAAUGGAUUCUACAAUGUGUAGAUAGCUCUGUAAGGUAAUUAUUUUUUUAUUUAGUAUAGAAUAACAUUAGAAGCAGAAAGAGAAAAGCCAAAGAAAAAUAUAAAAAAUAAAGAUAUGAAGAGACAGAGAUUGUUCCUAUGAAACAUAAAAAUACACAUACACUAACACAAAAGUGCUUAAUUUCAUACAAAAUCACACAAAAAAAAAAGCGAAAGUAAAAUUCAAUUCGACCAUACGUUGGGAUGGCAGAAUUGGGCGUUUAUACAGGGUGACUAGUAUUUCGAUAUAUUCCUUGUAAGGGGUCUUACAAUUGGUUACUGUUUAAUAAUCCGGAAAAGUUGGUCUAUAAUCAAUGGUUGCCGAUUUAAAAGCAGUUCUUCUUUAAUUGUUGGGUGUAAAAAGUAAAGUAAAAGAGUAGUUUGCUCCCGGUCUUAUUGCCGUUUCCAAAAUUUAUAUACUCAAACAAAGACAAGUGAUAUAAAAGCAAUGGAAAAAAGCCAAGGGUUAAGAACUUCGUGCUUUUGUCGGGCCAGAGUGAAAUACUUUGUGAAAAGUGCAUGUAACCCAGGGAAAAUUGGAGAUAACAACACGAAAAUCAGCUCUACCACAGGGCAGAAAAGAAAACGCGCCAGAAGAUACUGUCACUCUUAUUGAAAUUGCUAAGUUACUGCCUUAGUUUCAACUUUCUUAAAAUAUUUCGCCAAUUCUAUUGGUUUACGUAAACAUCUCAUAGAGAUUCAUUCGAACUUAUUUCUAAUCAGACAUUUGGUGAAGAGAUCUGUCUAAAAGACCUUUCCCUUAAUUUUUUUGGAUGGGAUCUGUGUAGAUCUUACCUGCACCACAGGGGUCCCUAGUGUUACCAGUGUUUUUGGAGUCGUGUUAAACAUAAUUCGUGAAGCACGUCUUGGCGAAUUUUACUAAACAGUUUAAACUUUUAUCAAAAGUAUCCUUCAGAGAUGAAAAGCAUACCGAUUCCAAUCCCUGCUUAAAGCAGAACCGUGGCAAAGCAGGUGUUCUAACUUAUCCAUUUCUUCUUCGCAUAAGUUACACGCGUCGUUCUGGGCGAAUCUCAUUUUACCUGCAUGACAUGAAGUGAGACAAGAUACCGUCAGUACUCCUACCAAUAUAAAAAUAAAGUUGAUUGUUUUCGUCUUGCAAGUUCGUUGCAUUAUUUUUGCAAUCCUGUGAAAGUCCGAGGCUUCUCAUAUAGACUGUGCUUCCAGAGUUAGUUCGUCGUGUAGUUCGUCUUCAAAACUGGGAGUGAAGGAAAUAUGUUCGACGUACUCAUACUAGCCUAUUUUCGCAGAGCUCGUCCAGUUUUAAUAUACAGUGUUUCACGCAUUCAGAGAUAGUCAUUACAGCUACAUUAUUGCUUUAAUAGUAGCUUGACUAUCGACGAAGAUGUUUGAGAGAGUGUCAAAGGGAGUAACUUAUUAACGCCAACUCAGCUUAGAUCUCAGCUUGAAAUAUGAUAGACUAAUUACGAAGCCUAAAAGACUUUUGAAGAUCAAACUGCGAGCAGAAGGCCGCUCCUACUCCUUCCAUCAUUUUGGAUUCAUAUGUAAAAAAAUUGUGUGCGUGGUGAUCGGAUUCUAAUCCCUUCUGUUCUUCAAGCUUCACGAUGCAUCCGAACCACACUUUACAAUAGUGCAAAUCGAGACGUGACAGGCACUAUCGAAUCGAUAUGUCUAGGUCCUCAGCAACUUCUCUAACGGUGAUUCGAGAAUUGGCCAAUACCAUUUUCUUCACUUCAUCAAUUUUUUCGUCUGUUGUUAAAGUGCUCAGGCGUCCGGCACGCUUUUCGUCGUUCACAUCUUCUCGGCCUUCUGAGAACAUUUUUUACCACCGAUAAACGUUGCUUUGGUCCAAAGUAGCUUCGCCGUAUGACACAGUCAACAUUCAGAAUGCAUCCGCGCACUUAAUUUUGUUUUUCACACAAAAUUUGAUACAGGUUCUUUGAUCCAUCUUUUUGAAUAGGUAAAAAUCGAAGUCGAGCCGAAACACGUGCAAGCAAAGCAGCUGUCAACAAUUAACUAAACAUUCAAAAUGGCCGAACUCGGCAUGAGUGAGAGACAUGAGUACCAACAUAUCGCCAAAAAAAUCGAAAUUCGAAUAUACUUAACCUACGAAAAUUCAAAAUUCUCGAUACUUUGUGAACACACCUCGUAUUCUUGCGCUCUUCCAAUUAGUCGAUAAUCACACGGCAAGCAUAGGCAGUGCUUCUUAUAUGACUUAUACAUUUUUAAUUUUUGCCAGCCUUUGUUGUGAACAAAUCCCUGUCGCGUCAUCCAGAAUCCAAUUAGCGCUUCCGCACCACAACCUUGCAACCAACUUUUUUAUGGUAACGCCUACUAACAGCAUGACUAUAUUCAAUUUGUGCGGUUAAAGAACCUUAUUCAGUUAUUAACGCCUAAGCCAGACAGUUGCUUGAGACCUUCGAACAGUGGUUAGCCAAGGUUGACAUGCUCUCCUUCUAUGGGGCAGGACAUUCACAGAGGAAAUGGAAAAUCGUUUUCUUUUUCUCUGGUUGUUUACAACUGCGGCAGGAUAUCUUGGGGAUGCCCAUUUUGGCUGCUUGCUCCCCCGAUAGACCAGAAGCCAGUUAUCACCGUCGUGAGUCUGCUGGCAUCCCUUCGUUUCAUAUUUGUCAGUAUUGAUGUUUGUUUGUGAUUGUAGGUGGGCCGAAACGUUCGGCUAACUUUGCAUGUUGUCUGGUCCCUUCAUCUGCAUUUCGCGAUCUGCAAUCCGAUUCUCACUUAUUACGAAAGCAAAUCAGCUGAUUCCUUCAGAGAGCCGAUUAGCGGUUUGAUGUUGGCCACAUCUUUGCAUUCCGUUUCGUUAUGUUUCUGGAAAACGCUGGAAUAACGUUAAGCAGAGAUCGCUAGUUAGAAAAACGAUUUCAAAUCCUUAAAGCGCAUGAAAUCCAGAUCAUUUUAGCCCUCAACAAGACAUCUAAGUACCCGAGUCUAAGUGGGUAUGCAGCGAUUUGCAUACCCAUAGUUAUUCAGUCAACAAGUAAUGCUAGCAGCACUUACAAUGCCAGGGUUCACGAAGAUAUGGCGCAGCCAAUGGACCUACACAUCAAUAAUUCUAGAAUUUACGUAUUCAACUUUUUUAUAACUAAUAAA